AUGACUAGAAAAGUUACACCAACAACAGUAGCUACACCAUCAGCAUCAACUACUUCAUCAUCAUCAUCAUCUUAUUUUAGAAACCCUCUUAAAUUAUUAAAAGUUAUUCCCAAAUCUUUAUUUAAAUCAUCACAUAACUUUUCUAAAAAGGUUUUAAAAAAAGUACCAAUAUCAAAACCACCACAAAUAGUUAGAUGGGAUUUAUUAGGAGUAACAAUGUCAUAUAUGUGGGGAUUACUUAAUCGUCGUCGUUUACCGGUUGUUUUGAGACGUCCGAUUUAUGGAGCAUGGGCCAAAUUGUUUAGAUGCAAUAUGGAUGAAAUACCUGCACCACUCGAAAGCUACCCAUCGUUGGCCGAGUUUUUCUCACGUCCCAUCAAAGAUGGUUGUCGUCCCAUCUGUGAAUCGGGGAUGAUCAGUCCUGUAGACGGACGUGUAUUGGCGUGUGGCGAGGUGGUCAGCGAUACAGUCGAACAAAUCAAAGGUGUAACAUAUUCUCUCAACCAUUUCUUGGGUUGCGAUCCAUUCACUCUAUUAAAAAAUCCAAAUAGUAAAUUAUAUCAUUGUAUAUUAUAUCUCAGUCCAGGUGAUUAUCAUCGUAUUCAUUCUUCUGAAGAUUGGGUAAUUAAAAAAAGAUCUCAUUUCCCAGGUACAUUAUUCCCAGUGAAUAAACCAUUUUUAAAAUUAAUUCCAAGUUUAUUUGCAUUGAAUGAAAGAAUUGUAUUGUCUGGUGAUUGGGAACAAGGAUUCUAUUCAUUGACAGCGGUUGGAGCAUACAAUGUAGGAUCAAUCUCUCUUAAUUUCGAUCAUGUCACUCAGACCAAUCAGAUCACUAGAGACUUUAGAUGCAAAAACUUGGAAUAUUUCUCAUGGAAUGGUGUAGGCAGCCAUUCUUAUGACAGCGACUAUGCCGAGGACAUUCCCCAAUCACGUGGACAAGAAAUCGGUCAAUUCCAUCUAGGCAGCACCGUCGUUUUAAUUUUUGAAUCAAAGGAUUUCCAAUUUAACGUUCAACCAGGUGAUUAUUGUAAGAUGGGUUCUUUCAUUGGUGAAAAUAAAUAA